AUGGCUGCCCGAACGAGAAGACAAAAGGCCGCGUUGGCCGCCCAAUCCUCCGGGGAUGAAUCGCCGGAAGUGAACGGCACGGCACAGAAGUCUUCCCCCAAGAGCACAAAAUCGACGUCCCGCGUGGAUGAAGCAAAGGAGAAUGUAUAUUUGUUCAUGCCCAAUCUGAUUGGAUACUGUCGGGUGGUUCUGACUAUCGCCUCGCUGUACUAUAUGCCCCUCCACCCUCGGACCUGCUCCAUACUAUACAGUGUUUCGUGUUUGCUCGAUGCUUUAGACGGAUAUGCGGCGCGGUACUACAACCAGUCGACCACGUUCGGGGCAGUGCUGGACAUGGUGACGGAUCGUUGCACGACGGCGUGUCUCCUGGUUUUCCUGAGCUCCGCCUGGCCUCGUUGGGCUAUCAUUUUCCAAGGCCUGAUUGCCCUAGACAUGGCGAGCCAUUAUAUGCACAUGUAUGCCACUCUCAGCAUGGGCGGAGCUGGCCAAAGCCACAAGAAGAUUGAAGCGUCUCGGAGCUGGAUUUUGUACCAGUAUUACCACAGCAAGACGGUGCUGUUUAUCUGCUGUGCUCUCAACGAAGCUUUCUUCAUUGGCCUCUACCUGCUUUCCUUCUCAUCCCCUGCCCUCUCUCCGUCCCUCCUUCAGGAACCUGCCCAGGCUUCCGUCCAGCCGGGCACGUCCCCAACUAGUAUCUUCACCAGCCCUUGGAGUGCCGGAGCUCUGGAGAUGGCUCGCGCUAACAAGAUCGACAGCUGGUGGCCCUGGGUGGUCACCGGCAUAUCCUUCCCCGUCAUGGCGCUGAAGCAGAUCAUCAACGUUGUGCAGCUCGUGAACGCCAGUAACUGGUUGGUUGAGGGAGACAUCGCCAACCGGAAGGCCAUGCGCAACGGUAAGAACUAG